ACCAUACUAUCUUCCUUGCAUCUACGGCAUGGUCGAGCAUGGUGGACACAGCUCUUUGACAUUUGCGAGAUAUCGUCUAAACUAUGCAACCAGCUCGACACCAUGCAACCAUGGCAAUGGACUUUGGAAACAUCACUCGCAGAGAUCUCAGGCUGGAGAUGCGGCAAAGGACUUCAUCUCGUACUAUGAAGGAGCGCUCGCAAGACAUGCCCUGGCAUUAUCACUAUCGGCUGUGAUCAAAUGCAAUGACCGUUUCCUGGCUUCCAGUGCAGCUUCGUGACAAACACAUGCGCCGUUUCAGUAACUGCACGAGUGAGCUCGAAGCAUGAAGGCUUUCUUCGUUCUCAUCGCCGUCUUCGCGGCUCAGAACAUGCCAUAGCACUUGUGACUGGAUAGAUAUAGUCUUGAGCGAUACAACUAUUGUAAUAAGGUUCGCUAACCAUCUUGUAGUAAUGCUGUUGCGC